AUGUCGCGGCCGCCCUGUAGACCCCUGCGCAUUUCGUCACUUGCGAAUGCCAGCGUCACACUUGCGCUUCAACUGCGGAAGUUCCUGUUGGAGGGAGACAGUGAAGACGAUGUCGGUCCCAAGGACCUACUUGCUUGCCUUCGCCAUGCUGCUAGUGGCGGAUUGCGCGCAAGUGUUCUAGGUUUUCUCGGACGGUCUGGAAUCAGCUUGGGUUUCAUGCUCCUGGGCUUGCGUAAGGUACCAGAAACAUAUCGACUGGAUGCAGUACGGCACGCGCUGUUCGGGGAGUCAUCGGUCCGCACUGCGGCGAUGCUGGGAUCCUUCGUGGCCAUCUAUAGGCUGGUAAUGAACCUAGCACAGUCUAGCAGUGUGAAGCCUUCAUCUAAAGCCGGGAUCAAUGAGAUAGACGAAGAGCCACCUGACAUCAAUGCGUAUGAACAAUGGAUAAUCCCCGCUGCAGCGGGAGGUCUUGCCGCAGCUAUCGGUAUCUCCUUCGAGAAGCGCACGAGUCGCCCCGGGAUUGCCCAAGAGGCCCUUGCACGUGGCUUACAAGGAUGGUACAACGUCACCUCGACGAAGUAUGGGUUCAACAUCCCUUAUGGGGACAUUCUCGCAUACUCCCUCUGUAUGGGCCAGCUCAUGUAUGUCUUUCUUAUGAGGCCCGAAGCGAUCCCGAAUGGCCUCAGAAAGUGGUUCUUCGAAUCGUGCGGUGUCCCAGCGGAAGGAGUAUACAUUAACCAUGACCUCGUCUGGAAUCGGACGUACGACCCAAAGCACAUGGAGACUAUCAUGCGUAGGAAGGACAUCACUCCAGAAAACUUCACUGAGCUUGCUGAGCAUCUCGCUUCGCACGACCUUCCUCAAUCCCCCGCUGUGCCCUGCGCGGUAAUGCAUCCUGCCAUGACUUCGUGUCUGGCAUAUCCUCCGAUGUUCUUGUGGGACAGGUUCAAGUGGAUGUUGCCCGUCUACGCAGCGGUGCAUUCCGCCACUCUCUUGCUCAUGCGCCCGACUCUUCUUGUGAAAUACCCCGUGAGGACGAUGCUUUCUGCGACUUUCGCGAUCGGCAGGACCUCGAUCAUGCAAGCGUUGAAUCCGACUGUCUAUCAAGCACUGUUAUGCUCGAAGAGCAACCUCUACAAUGCUUUGACCGUGCUGCGUUCUUCGUCGGGGAACUCGUCCCUCGCUGUGCGACUGGCGAAGGCCCUCCCAAGCAGCGUGGUCGACGCCUUGGUGUCGGACAAGUCCUUCUUCGUCAUGGGCAUGGUCAUGGGGACGCCGCUGAUCAUGGAGGAGAGGAGGAGACGUGCGAUGUUCUUAUUGUACGUCCUUCCGAGGGCGUUGGAGAGCGUGUGGGUGUUGCUUAGGAGCGCAGGGCGGGUGCCAAAUACCGGGAGGUUUGGGCCUACGUUGGCUGCUUCAGUUGGGAUGGCAAUGGUCAUGGCGCUCGAUGAGUUCAUAGCGCUUUAG